UUUAAAAAUUGUUAAACCCCAACCCCUUUUCUUUAUUUCAAUCAUGGAAGGUUUACACAAUAGAAAGACCAAAGUCAGUGAAGAAGAUGAAGCCGAGUUUCUAGACGAGCAAGAGCAAGAAGAGUUACUGCAGGUACUUCGUGACCAAAAUAAUAAAGCCAAUCUGGCCAUCCAACGAGGACUCAUAAUCAUUGGAUGCAUCACUUCAGCUUUCUUCUUUAGUAUAUUAUUGCAGAAGGGUACACCCAUUAUACCCAUAUCCCAAGUAUUUGCAACGCCCACCGAAACAGUUUUGAAGUGGUCUACAUUUGCUGCUUUCACUAGUAUCGCUUCCAUCGGUACAUCCAUUUUUGCUCUUGUCAUCAAAUGUAAAAUGAAUAUUUUAGGAUUAUUGGAUAGUUUAUGCCUCAGCGAUCAAUAUACCUCGGGUGUUGUACUUGCAUCCAUUAUCACAGGCGCCAUUGCUCCUUUGAUGGCCCUAUUCCAUGCAAGCGCAUGGAUUGAACUUGUUUAUUGGACUAUCCCCCUUUUUGUCUUGGGUAUGUAUUAUACCGCGCUUCAUAUGAUGAAUGGAGUGCAAGCAAGUUUAGACGAGCUGGAAAAAUCAAAAUACAAGUACAAAGGUGCUUAAAUAAUAAUAAUAAUAAUAAAAAAAAUAGUGUUUAUGUAUAUGUACAAUAAAUAUUUCUAAUCGGAAAAGGGUAGACGUAAAGGCAC